AUGACUUCUCUGGUCUUCCUAGCCUGUAUAUCAGCUGCUGGACUAGUCCUGAGCCUCCUGCUGCUGUCUGUCUACCUGACCAGUGUGUGCUGCUGCAGGAAGGAGGAGGAGGAGACCAAGAGGCCUGACUCCUGCUGUGUCUCCUGGACCGCUGUCAUCACUGGGCUCAUCCUAUGCUCUGCUGUUGGAGUGGGUUUCUAUGGUAACAGUCAGACCAAUGACGGGGUGUACCAGCUGACCUACUCCCUCCACAAUGCCAACCACACUCUGGGUGGCCUCAACAGCUUGGUCUCCAGUUCUCUGAGCAGUAUGGAGGUGGGUCUGCAGCAGCACCUGAAUCGUCUGGAUGAGAUCUUUGCUGCGCGGGGAGACUAUGUCCAGGCCUUGAGGUUCAUGGGUCAGAUGGCUGACAACAUCAUCAGACAGCUGACCGCCAUGCCGGACCUCAGCAAGGCCAAGGUGGACCUGUCGGCCAUCGCUGAUCAGACAGAUCACGUAGAAUACUACAGGUGGCUGACCUACCUGCUACUGCUGAUCCUAGACCUGUAA